GAGGGAAUAUGUCAAGGUACCCUGGGGUGAGAGGAGGAAGCGGGGUAUUGAAGGCCCUCCACUCCCUGCUCUUUGGCUCCAGUUGACAGCUGCUUCUCCGUUGCAGCAGCCCCAAAGGCUCCCCAGGCUGCUGGGAAACAGGCAGAGCAAGUCAAGGGGAGUAAGGGCCAAGCAUGGGGUGCCCUUUGGGGCCCAGGAGUGGGGAGCUCACAGCCUGCCUUUGCUUCCAAGGGAUGCCUUUGUAUCUGUAGCUCAAGUGUGCCCAUGCUCAUGCUGGUAUCUAGUUAGCAGGUGAAGACAUCCCUGCUGUGCCUGCCAGUGUCUGUGUACCUUUGUGUGUAACUGCACACACAUGCACACAUGCCUUUGGCUCUGUGUGUGUAACUAAGGUGGGUCUGUUCAUGGUGGUCUCAGGUGAAGCUGUGCCCAAGUAGGCAUUAGGAUGUGAUUGUGGCUGGGUGUGGCUGUAUUUGUGUGGAUGGCUAUGUGGUUAUGUGCACGUGGUACUGUGCUUUAUGUGUCUUAACUAUAUGUGAUGGUACUGACAGAGGUGUGAGACUGGCUGUCUAGGAGCAUCACUGUGGGGGCUUUGUCCAUAUACAUCUAUCUGUGUGUAGCUGUGUGUCUGUAUACAGCUGUAUUGUGUGUUCACAUGUAAAGCUAUGUGCUUUUCUGUGUGUCACAUGUAAAGCUAUAGGUCAGUGCAUCUGUGUCUGUGAGUUUAGUUAUAUAUGUGUAGAUAUGUCCAUGUGUAUGGUUAUAUGUAUAUGAUGGGGUGUCUAUAUAUACAGCUGUUUGUCUGCAUGUAAAGUUAUGUAUUAUGGCUGUGUGUACAUCUGUGCGUAUAGUUGCAUGUACUUCUCUGUGUGUGGCCAUGUCCAUAUAUACAACUCUGUAAGGCUGGGUGUCUUUGUGUGCACGGCUGGGAGUGGUGGCUGCAUAGCUGGGUACAUACAUGUGAACAUACAUGCAUGUCCAUGUGCUGCAGUGGGACUGUGUAGGCCACUUCUGUGGGCCGCAUAAUGGGCCUCUGGGACUGGUGCUGUGUUUAAAGCCCUGUGUCUUUUGUGAGGCUGUCUUAGUGAGGGGGGCAGGGAUUGCUGUGUGGUCCUCUUACCUCAGCACCCUGCUGCUAUCAACCCCUCUGGUCCAAGGGCCCAGCUCAUCACUCACUUACCCCAGGCAGCAGUUGCUCUGAACCAGCCAGAGAGGAUGAGAGCAGCCAGGGCUGGAAGACAACAUAUCUGUCUCCCCAGCCUUGUCUGACAGCUCUGAACCCUCAUUCUGCUGUCACCUCACCUACCUCCCAUUAGCAAUGGAGUUUGUGUUUGAUGUGUGUGUUUCACAGCCGUGCUCUUUCCAACCCAGUGGGGGUACUGGGUUUCUGCAUCCUGGGAUAAAGUCUAUCCUUUCUUGGUGACACCCCUCCCCCCUAACUGCCAAACACACAUGUAGGUGCAUGUGCCAGAGGGACCUGGGCUUGGCAUGGGCUCAUUAGCAUGUGUCUGAGCUAGCUUUGCCUCUGCUGACACCUGUGGAAGAAAGGGCAGUGCCAGGGGAGCAGAUAUAGGGAUGCUGUGUGCCUUAGCACCUAGUGUGUGCAUGCUUCAUGCAGGCUCCAGGGCUAAACCUGGGUGUGGGCCUCCUCCCCCGAACCCUUCAGCACAAUCAGGGGCUGCAGUUUAUCCACCACCUUCUACCCAUGGGGGCGUCCUUCUCCAUUCUGCUGCAGGAGAGAAGAAGAGUCAAGAGCAUCUUCUCAGAGCUGUCCUCCCUCUGCUCGGGCUCCAGCUCCUGUUCCCUCCUACGCAGCAGCCAGUUUCAGGAGCCUCCUCCCCACCCCUCCUCCCUACCCCUCCUCCCCUCCCAGAUCCCCUGCCAGCCCCAGCAUGUCCCUUAGAGUUGACCCUAGUCAUUGGCUCUGUAGCACCCCCCACACACCCCAGGUUGAUGUAUCUUUGCCAUAAAUAUUUGUAUAUGAGGGUGGGGAUUAGUGGAGGUUGGUGGGGGAGGAGGUCAGGGCGGGGUGUGUAUAGGGGGCGGAUAGCAGCUUUAAAGGUCAUCUGCAGGAAGAGGAGGCCCCAUUCUCCUCUGACCGCCCCCCCAUCUCUUCCUCUAGUGACUCAGGCCCCAGCUCUCACGUGGGGCCAAAGACAUAUGCCCCUACCCCAGGCCUGGCAUGUGGACUGAACUGCAGUCUGUGGAUGGAGAGAAUGGAUGUGAGGACAGGGAAAGACUCGUCGCAGCAGGCUAAGCUCUCUACCUAUCUCCCACAUGCCCCCUUACCUAUCUCCCAAUGGCACCUUUGGACCCUACGGCUAGCCCCUCCGCUCUCAAAGAUGGAACGCCAUAACAUUGUGCGCACCUCCUGGGGCUCAGUGACCUUACCAGCCCCGUGUCCCUUGUCCCGUGCCCGCUGCUCUGUGGGAUGCAGUCUGACCGCGGGGUAGAGGGGGCAGAUAGGCAGGCACCUGCUCCUGCGCAUAGCAGGAGCGCCCGAGGAUUCAGCACCACGCGGUGGACAGCUCCGGGACGAAAGCCCCGCGAAGAACAGAAGCCGGAGGCGCAGGGCAAGGAGCGGUGCAGGAGUCUGGAGGGAGGCGGAGGCCGGGUUGGGAGCGGGAGAUCCGGAGUGGGGAGGAACGGAGGAGGGGCUGGGGGCGGGCCGGGGCCAGGGGCGGGGCGGGCCGCGAUUGAAAGCGGCCGGGCGAGCGAGCGGACGGAGAGCGCAGAGCUGCCGAGAGAGCGAGCUAGUGAGCGAGAGCUGGAACCCUGCGCCCCCGGCUCCUCUCCGUUUCUCUCCGCGCCGGAGUCGGGCGCGCCAGGUAGGGUAAGCCCGUGGUGCCGCGGCCGCCGCCGACCUUAUAGAGCCUGACCCCAUGUCCCAGCGUCCCGCGGGCCCUCGAGUUCUGGGGCGCUCGGGCCGGGGCGUCCAGCCAGAGCUCGCCAGGAGCUCUGGGAAGCGGGAAGACAACCCCAGGCGUCCCGCCUUUCUUCCCCAGAGAACGCACGCCCUGCAUCACGCUCCUUCGUUCCUCCUCUCCUUACAUCCUUUGGUCUGUCUUUCUGUCUGUGCCUCUAUCUUUGUGUCAGCCUGCGGGUCUCAAUCACUCCUUGCCCAGGCCCCCUGGCUGCCCGCCUCUGGGAUUCUAUCUCCCUUCAGGGUAUUGUCCCUGUCUGAAUUUGGGUCCUGGCCGCCCCUGUGGGAGGCUUGUGGUUUUGACCCGUUUGGACCUCAGCCCCCAUCUGGGUCCUUUCCUCAUCUGUGUUGGUCUUCAUGCUUGCCUCUCUCUCCUGGUUGCCUGGUUGAACUGCUGCUUUCCCGGUACCCACAGGAUCCCAGUCUCCUUGCCCUGGCACCAGUGGGAGGUUAACCCUGGGGAGCUGAGGGGCAAAGUGAAGAACCCCAGUCUCUGUGCCAGGACAUGGGGUCCUUGAACUAGUGGCUAACCUUAUUCAGCCUCAGUUUCCUUCUCCUAGCCUUCCCAAGCCUGCGUGAUUGUGAGAGCCUGUGUGGGGUGGGCAUCUGGGAGGGUAGCUGGGGCACAAAUGAUGAAGUGCAGAGUGGAAGAGGGAAGGAGGGGUCCCUGAGGGCCAGGGCCAGGGUGGACAGGAUAGGGAAAGGAUGAGGAUAAGGAGAUUAGAGAUGGUUCUGAGAUGGUUCUGAUGCUUGGUUCUGAGCUGAAGAAAACACAGGGGCAUAAAGUCUCAAACGGCAUUCUAUGCAGAGCUGAGGUGCCCAAAAGUCUCACCUUGAGCAAUUUUGAGAUUUUGACUAGAUGAACUGACCCUGUCCCUGGACACACACAUAUGCUCACAUUGACUUUUCCUGUUGACUUAAGACCUGUGGCCACUUCAGUUUCCCUCCCUGGGGCCAACCUCUCCACCUUGCUGUCAAACUUCCAGGGUCUAGAGUCUCUAUUACAUCCUCAGUCAGGGGCUCUGGGGAUGGCUUUUUAAGAACUAGAGGCUAGGACCCUUGGGUGCUCACCCUGGGUUCCAGGCUCUCUAGGAGUUGGAGACUACCCUUCGGAGAUUUUUCCUUCCCUCUUCUGUGGUGGUUUCUCAGGCACAAUGGCUCAUUUCUGGGAAUGCAAGAUUCAAGAUAGAGAUUGGACCCCUAAGUUUAUACUCUAACCUGGCUCCUGAUGCAAAGGUGUUGACUCUGGGGUCCUGGGAGAUUUGUGCAAGGUCUUGGACACUCUUUGAUUCACAGCAGGAUUGGUGUUAGCUGAGUUCUCCUAACUUAUGUCUGGGCCUCUACUCUCUGCCUCCCUCCCUCUCUGCUGAGUAUGGAAUGGGCACAGAGGCCAUCUAAAGACCCAGAUGAAGGCAAGGCUGAGAAACAGGUCAAUGGGUGUCUCAGGAGCUUCUCAGCUUAGUCAGUGAUACCACCUCUCCCUGGCUCCCUAGGAAAGUCCCUAGGUGAGGGAAUUGGGGACGGCAGAGUCAGAAGGGGUAGCCACUCUCGGGUUCCACCUCUCCCUGUUUGUCUGUCUGUCUCUUUCUCUGCAGGAGCUGGGCCCCUUCUUAUCUCUCUUCCUGCCUGUCCUUUCCUGGUCCCUGUUUUCUCCUUUCUUUGCCUUUGCUGCUUCUACCCUCAUCCUCUGGAGGCCCAGGUCUGCUGGACCCAUCCAUCCCCUUUGGGACAAUGGGAUCACUGCUUGGGCUCCUGGCACUGCUUCUGCUAUGGGGCACUGUGGCUGAGGGCCCCACCAAGAAGGUGCUGACCCUGGAGGGGGACCUGGUCCUGGGUGGGCUGUUCCCGGUACACCAGAAGGGCGGCCCGGCAGAGGAGUGUGGGCCUGUCAAUGAGCAUCGUGGCAUCCAGCGCCUGGAGGCCAUGCUUUUUGCACUGGACCGCAUCAACCGUGACCCACGCCUGCUGCCGGGUGUGCGCCUGGGCGCGCACAUACUCGACAGCUGCUCCAAGGACACACAUGCCCUGGAGCAGGCACUCGACUUCGUGCGUGCCUCACUUAGCCGUGGUGCUGAUGGCUCACGCCACAUCUGCCCCGACGGCUCUUAUGCCACCCACGGUGAUGCUCCCACUGCCAUCACUGGUGUCAUUGGCGGCUCCUACAGCGACGUCUCCAUUCAGGUGGCCAACCUCCUGCGGCUAUUUCAGAUUCCACAGAUCAGCUAUGCCUCCACCAGUGCCAAGCUGAGCGACAAGUCCCGCUAUGACUACUUUGCCCGCACUGUGCCCCCCGACUUCUUCCAAGCCAAGGCCAUGGCCGAGAUUCUCCGCUUCUUCAACUGGACAUAUGUGUCCACUGUGGCAUCCGAGGGUGACUAUGGUGAGACAGGCAUCGAAGCCUUUGAGCUGGAGGCCCGUGCCCGCAACAUCUGUGUGGCCACCUCGGAGAAGGUGGGCCGUGCCAUGAGCCGCGCAGCUUUCGAAGGCGUGGUGCGAGCCCUACUGCAGAAGCCCAGUGCCCGUGUGGCUGUCCUGUUCACCCGCUCCGAGGACGCACGCGAGCUCCUCGCGGCCACCCGGCGUCUCAACGCCAGCUUCACCUGGGUGGCCAGUGAUGGCUGGGGUGCCCUGGAGAGCGUGGUGGCCGGCAGCGAGGGGGCCGCUGAGGGCGCCAUCACUAUCGAGCUGGCCUCCUAUCCCAUCAGCGACUUUGCCUCCUACUUCCAGAGCCUGGACCCUUGGAACAACAGCCGGAACCCCUGGUUCCGUGAGUUUUGGGAGCAGAGGUUUGGCUGUAGCUUCCGGCGGCGAGAUUGUGCAGCCCACUCGCUGCGCUCCGUGCCCUUUGAGCAAGAGUCCAAGAUCAUGUUUGUGGUCAACGCAGUGUAUGCCAUGGCCCAUGCACUGCACAACAUGCACCGAGCCCUCUGCCCCAACACCACACACCUCUGCGAUGCAAUGCGGCCUGUCAAUGGGCGCCGCCUCUACAAGGACUUCGUGCUCAAUGUCAAGUUUGAUGCCCCCUUCCGCCCAGCUGACACACACAAUGAAGUCCGCUUCGACCGCUUUGGUGAUGGUAUUGGUCGCUACAACAUCUUCACCUACCUGCGGGCAGGCAGUGGGCGCUAUCGCUACCAGAAGGUGGGCUACUGGGCCGAAGGCCUGACCCUGGACACCAGCCUCAUCCCAUGGGCCUCGCCCUUGGCCGGCCCCCUGCCCACGUCUCGCUGCAGUGAGCCCUGUCUCCAGAAUGAGGUGAAGAGUGUGCAGCCAGGGGAGGUCUGCUGCUGGCUCUGCAUCCCCUGCCAGCCUUACGAGUACCGGCUGGACGAGUUCACUUGUGCUGACUGUGGCCUGGGCUACUGGCCCAACGCCAGCCUGACUGGCUGCUUUGAGCUGCCCCAGGAGUACAUCCGCUGGGGUGAUGCUUGGGCCGUGGGACCAGUCACCAUCGCCUGCCUAGGCGCCCUGGCCACCCUCUUCGUGCUGGGUGUCUUUGUGCGGCACAAUGCCACCCCAGUGGUUAAGGCCUCAGGCCGAGAGCUCUGCUACAUCCUGCUGGGCGGUGUCUUCCUCUGCUACUGCAUGACCUUCAUCUUCAUUGCCAAGCCAUCCACGGUUGUGUGCACCCUACGGCGCCUUGGUUUGGGCACCGCCUUCUCUGUCUGCUACUCAGCUCUGCUCACCAAGACCAACCGCAUCGCGCGCAUCUUCGGUGGGGCCCGGGAGGGAGCCCAGCGGCCACGCUUCAUCAGUCCUGCCUCACAGGUGGCCAUCUGCCUGGCGCUUAUCUCGGGCCAGCUGCUCAUUGUGGCUGCCUGGCUGGUGGUGGAGGCACCGGGCACCGGCAAGGAGACAGCCCCGGAGCGGCGGGAGGUGGUGACAUUGCGCUGCAACCAUCGAGAUGCAAGCAUGCUGGGCUCACUGGCCUACAACGUGCUCCUCAUCGCGCUCUGCACGCUCUAUGCCUUCAAAACCCGCAAGUGCCCCGAGAACUUCAAUGAGGCCAAAUUCAUAGGCUUUACCAUGUACACCACCUGCAUCAUCUGGCUGGCCUUCCUGCCCAUCUUCUAUGUCACCUCCAGUGACUACCGGGUGCAGACCACCACCAUGUGCGUGUCGGUCAGCCUCAGCGGCUCUGUGGUGCUCGGCUGUCUCUUUGCGCCCAAGCUGCACAUCAUCCUUUUCCAGCCACAGAAGAACGUGGUUAGCCAUCGUGCACCCACCAGCCGCUUCAGCAGCGCCGCCACCAGGGCCAGCUCCAGCCUCGGCCAAGGGUCUGGCUCCCAGUUUGUCCCCACCGUUUGCAACGGCCGUGAGGUGGUAGAUUCAACAACAUCGUCGCUUUGAAGACCCCACAUUCCUGCCCCCACACAGCUGCUCCCUGGAAUCCGGUGCACCCCCACAUCCAGGGCCAGGAGGAAGUCAGCUGGAGCAUUGCAAUAACCCCAACCCCAUGCCCGCCCCCGCAGCCACUUACCUACCUACUUAUUCCAACCCUUCAGAGUCAGAAGUCAGGGUCCUUGGCCCGGGAGCCUCUGCAGCAGCCACCAACUGUCCUCGCAGUGUGUCCCCUCCUUGCUAGGCCCAGGCAGGACUCAGAAGGGAGCAAGCCAGGGUCUACUCUGCCCUGGAACAGGAUGGCCGAGGACCACCGGCCCCAAUCCCCAAUCAGCAAAGGUGCUUCCAGCCCCACCCUUCCCUCCUUCUAGGGCCUUUUUAAUUUUUUACAUAAGUUAUUCUGGGAUGGGGAGGGGGGUUAUUGUGGGGGCCAUCCCUCCCCGUGCAUAGUAGUUUGUCCUGUGGUUUAUUUUGUAUUACCUGUAAAUAAAGUGUCUUUAUUUUAAAAAAAAAUCACUCGUUGCCUUUGACCCAGGGAGACCCCUCAUGCCCUCCACAGCCGCCCAACCUUCCUUUCCAUAGUAUUUGUUGACUCUGAUCUGUGCCUGCUCUGUGCCGGAUGCUAGGAUCUGGCAGCCAGCAAGACA